AAGGAGUGCGUCCAUCAGAGUAACCAAAAUAGAAGACUGAAACAGCGUUUCUGCGUUGCGAUCACAGAUUGCUGUGUUGCACCUGCUAUUUUCCCCAAAACCCGCAUCGGCGGAGAACAUACAGAUACUUUCCUGGGUGUCAAAUCAUAUGGCAAGAUGUCAGAUAUCGGAGACUGGUUUAAAAACAUACCUUUCAUCACUCGAUACUGGUUUGCUGGCUCAAUAGCCGUGCCGCUUAUAGGAAAGCUGGGAUUAAUCGGUCCUAUGUACCUUGUGUUAUGGCCGGAGGCAUUCUUUCAUAAAUUUCAGCUAUGGAGACCAUUAUCUGCAACAUUGUAUUUCCCAGUUGGCCCAGGGACAGGUUUUCUAUACCUGGUCAAUUUGUAUUUCCUGUACCAGUACUCUUCGAGGCUUGAAACAGGAACUUUUGAAGGAAAACCAGCAGAUUACAUAUUCAUGCUUCUGUUCAACUGGAUUUGCAUUGUUAUAACAGGGUUAAUGAUGGAUAUGCAGCUCCUGAUGAUCCCUUUGAUAAUGUCUGUUCUGUAUGUCUGGGCACAACUAAAUCGAGACACGAUUGUAUCUUUCUGGUUUGGCACCAGAUUUAAGGCUUGUUAUCUCCCUUGGGUCAUUCUGGGAUUUAACUACAUCAUUGGUGGCUCCGUUGUCAACGAGCUGAUAGGAAAUCUAGUGGGCCAUCUUUACUUCUUUCUGAUGUUCAAAUACCCAAUGGAUCUGGGUGGCAGGUCAUUUCUUUCCACACCCCAAUUCCUGUAUAAUUGGCUUCCCAAUCGACGAGGUGGAGUUUCUGGAUUUGGUGUUCCCCCAAGCAGGAGACCCAUGCCUCAGGAACAGGCAGGAGGAGGAGGAGGUGGUGGUGGAGGUGGACGAUAUAACUGGGGUCAAGGUUUUCGCCUGGGGGACGACUGACCCCAUUUUCUCUCGAGCCCAUGGAUAAAUAAUGACACUUCUAACGUCAAUGCUGCAGAAUACAGAUUUUAUAUGUUUUGGAAUUUAUUUGUAUUGUUUUUUUCUUCUGGUUCAUAAGAAGAGAAAUGUGAAGAAGUGGUUUCUCUUUUUUUUUUGCUUUUGAUGUCACGUCACACUGUGAUUUCAGUGUGGAAAUCUCUACAAAACUCUGCAAAUCACAAUGAUAGGAAGUUCAGAGGACUGUCUCUGAUUGUCUAUUGCCCACAAUAUAACCACAUUCAGUGUAUGCAGGCUUCAUUUUACUUCACACAGUUGAAAACAUAUGGUCUCCAUAGACAAGUAAUGUAUAUAAUGAUCUUAUUUGUUUUAAUAUCUUAUUUGUUUCAAACUACUCAUGUUGAUUGAUUAUUCAUCUCUAAAAAUCACCAGGUUAAUAUUGUUGUAACUUUUUCCCCUGAACAAUACAUGUGCUUUACAUUUGUAAAUGAACUGAGCUAGCCGUCAGCCAGAACUUGCAGAUAAAAGUCCUGUGCAUGUUUUAGUUUGUUUGUUUCAUACACGCAAGGUUUGAUAAAGGCUAUCAGUCAAUGCAGUUACAGCAUAACUGGUGUGCAGAAAUCAAAGUUGGUUUUUUAAUUGUUUGUACAUUGAAUGCAUGUCUAUAUGGUUUCAGUCCUAAAGUUGAGUAUAAAUGUAGAUACAAUAUAGUUUUGUGUCCCUCAACACACUGGUUUAGUAAAGAUGUAAACAUUUACAUUUAGCAGACGCUAAGGAGGUAAACAGAAGCAAUUGGAUCAACAAAUGCAUACGUACAAUAAAAACUGGUCUCAGUGAGCCUACCACAGUAUACAAAACUAAGUACUUCUUUUGAUGAAGCAUUUCAAUCCAGUUUCCUGGUUUAUGGUGGUGUGACCUUGCCAAAAUGUCUUUUAUAAUAAUAACAGCGACUACUGUUCUAAAUAUGUUAUACUAAAGGAUUAGUUUACACUCUACUGCUUUGUUUUUGUUAUUCAGUGCUCUUUUGAUAAAUAAAGCGACAAAUAAAUUGUAAAGAGCAAGCGCUCACUAAUUUGAUUAUGUUUAUUUCCGUGUCUUGAGGGACACACUCAGGAUCCAGACGCCUUAAAUUUGUAUUUACACCAUUUUACUUAAAGAAAAUUUGCAUUCUAACGUUUAGUCUGUUUAAAUUUAGCUUUUUUGUGGGCACAAUUGCUGUUUAGUGUAAACGAUGGGUCGUUCAGCAGGAUUUCAAUCAGUUGUGUUUUAUUGAGUUACAGCAGAUUGGUUCUUAUAAAGAGCAAGCAGGAUUCUUGGUAGCAGUACAGUAUUCCGGAUACAUGUCUGAACGGGACACUUAUGCAGCUGCAGGAAAAAGAAAUACACUGAAGCUUGCUGAAGCAGUUCACAGCAGAGUAGUGAAAAUGGAACUACACCUUGGAUACCAGAAAAUGCAACAUGUUAAAAGAUCAUUUUGUACUGUUACUGUAAUAUUGCCAAAGAAUUAGCCUAUAACAACAAAUAAACAUAUGCUGUGCAUCACUGUA